AUGAAAUGGUAUGUACAAGGGUUGGUGUUUGAUACCUCAGUGCCCCCCAAAGAACUGGGAGGCAAGGUCGUGGUCUGGAGAGGGCAGACGGCCGUCAGGGACGCUCCACUCGACGGGUUCCGUCGCUCGAUCGAGCUUGCUCUUGGCUCGAUCGAGUUGUCCUCGAGUUGGUCAUUUGGAGCCAAUUGGAACAUUGCCUAUCACUGGAGACUAGUUGAGGAAGGAAAGACUCUGUCUGCCCCAUUGCCUCUGACUUCUUCUUGGAAGUUGUGGAUAAUUGAGUUAGCUUUCGUCUGGAGGUGGUUUCAUGUCAUUCGGACCAGCGGUUCAGAAGAUACGACGAUAUUGGUUGGACUCGACCCACCAGCUCGACCGGCCAGUUUCCAACUCGAUCGAGCUGCUUUUCCAGGAGUCAAAGUCAAACCCGAAAAAUGUUGCUUCCCUUUGACUCCCCUUUGA